GGAUUUAGCUCAGUGGUAGAGCGCUUACCUAGGAAGCGCAAGGCCCUGGGUUCGGUCCCCAGCUCCGAAAAAAAAGAACCAAAAAAAAAAAAAAUAAAAAAAUAAAAAAAAAUUACGAGCUAGUCAGGGAAUGAGCCAAAGCUUGUGUCCAAGGCAUUUAUUAAUAAAUGGUCUCAGAGUUGUCAUUCUGGGAACAGGGAAUGGGAAGGAAAAAUGGAUUGUUUUUUACAUAUACACAAUUGUUUAGUCCCUUCUUCAAGCAUUUUCUCCUUUGCUACUAUGUAAAACCUUCUUUAUGUCUUUUAAUAUUGAAAUUACUUCAUCGGAUGUUAGACCGGCUCUGCCAGCAUGCUUUCUGUUCCCCUUGCUUGAUGGAUUGAUUUCCUUCCUCUGACUCUCAGUCUGUUAGCGUCUUCAUCGCUAAGCUGCGUUUCUUCCAGACAGUGGGAAGUUGGCUAUGGUUUUUUAAAUCCGCUUAGGCACUCUGCAUCUCUUUAUUGGCAAGGUAGGGUCAUUUAUGCUUCAGGGUACUAGUGUGAGAGUUGCAUACUAACUACUGUAAUUUUGUCCAUUGCUUCAUCUGUUGGAUUCCGUUUUUCCCUAUCGGUGUCCGAGGUUCGCUGGAUUACUGUGUAGUUCAUGACAUGCUCCAUCUUGCUUUUUCUUUGUUCAGCUAUUCAUCUCAUGAAAUUCAUUAUUUUUUCUGAUGUUGUGACUGAGACUUUCCCCCUCCUCUGUAUAGCACUAAGUGUCUCUGAGCCCUGAUUUGAUGGGUAUGUAGUGUAUUAGCCUGUGCUUGACUUGAAAUGCCUGCCAAGUUUAAAAGGUACUUUUGUUAGCUGCCGAAAUCUUGAUGGGCAAUUAUUUUCUAUCAGAACUGAAAUAUUCCAUUCCGUGCUCCCCUGGACUUGAGGAUUGCUGAUGGGGUCUGAUGUUCCUCUGCCUUUAUGGGUAAAUUAAUGUCUUUCAUUACAGCUUUAAAUAUUUACUUUGUAUGCUCGUCUUCUGAGACAGGUUCUCACAUAGCCCUGAAGGUCCUUGUACUUACUAAAGAGCGUCAACAUCUGAUCUUCUGUCCUUCUUCGCCUCCCAAGUACUGCAAUCAGAGGUGCACAUGGCCAUAACCAGCUUCUGUUGUGCUAGAGACUGAACUUGUCAGUCAGGCAAGUGCUCUACCAGCUGGGCUAUCCCAAGCCAACAUUGCUGACAUGUUGGCUAUGAUAUGUUGUAGAAAAAAACAUGCUGUGCACUCACCGAUAAGUGGAUAUUAGCUGUAGAGGAUAGUUAUGCUACAGUCCACCGACUCAGGGAGGCUAAGUGACAAGGAGGGCUUAGGUGGGGGAACAAAAGGCUCUUCCUGGGAGGAUGAGGCAUUAGAGUGGCCUCUUUCCAGGUCCUCCAAUAUUGGAGACCAGGUUAAGUGAUUAAAGAGCACAUAAUGCUCUUGCAGAGGACCUGAGUUUCGGUAUUAGCACCCACAUUGUUGGGCAACUCACAACUGCCUCCAGCUUCGGGGGUAGCUCAUGCUUCUGGCCUCUGCAGGCACUGCCAUUCAUGUGCACUUACUCAUACACAUACCCAAAAUUUUAAACCUCUAAAAAAAUAAGUUCAGGAAAAAAAAAAAGACUGUGUACAGAGUAGGGAGGUAAGUUGAACUGAGACUCUGGCCUUUCCUGUGGUUUAUGAUGCUGCUGAAUGGCUAAUGAUUAAGUGUCUGCUGUUUUCCCUUUUUGUGUAACAGGGGUGUCUGCUGGUCAAGUUUUACAUUCUGUGGGUUGGGCAGGUUUUCUCCCUCUGUCCUGAGUCUCCACAUCACACUGCUGGGAUGACUAGUGUUUUCGUUGAAGGGUGUCUCUUAAGUGCAGUGGGGGUUUGAGCAGCAGCCACAGCACUGAGACUGGGACAGCUAGAGGCCCUGUCUUUAUCCUUUCAAGACCUCCUGAAUACUAAUCACCUUGCUGGAGGGCGGAGGGAUCCAGCUGUGGGUAUCACAAACACCCCUUGGAACUUCAGUAUUCUUAAGUAUUAACAGUAGUAUCAGGUGGGUGACUCUAGAAUUUGAUCCACCCAGGGGUCUCAUAUCCACAUAAUUUCUCCAUGAUUUUCCCAGCCAGAGAACAGCAUACCCGAAUCCUUCGGUUUGUCAGUGACAUGCUCGCCUGCUCUCCACAGCUGCUUAUCUGGACCUCCCUCUAUCUUGGGGCACUAACAGGUUAAGUUGAGGCUCUGUGGAUGCUCCCUGGUUUCAGGUCCCCAGGUAGCGGUUUUUAAAAAUAGAUUCUCCCUUCAGAUUGCUUCUGGCUACUGUCCUCUGAGUCAUAUAGUGUGACAAAAUGAGAUUCUCUCUGCUGCUGAAUUUUCUGCUAGGGCAAUUACUGUUGUGUCAAACCUGGAUUUAAGGCUUAUAAGGGUUCUGGGCUUGUUCUGGGUAUAGGAUUGCCUGAGUUUCAUUUGACUUAUCUUUUGGCUUUUAUUUUGACUCCCCAUCCCUGCCAGGGAACUGUAUGGCUGAGGCUGAGCUUGGCUUUUCUCUCUUUUUUUUCUCUCUGUCUCUAUCUCUGUCUCUCUGUCUCUGUCUCUCUCUCUCACACACACACACACACACACACACUUGUUUUAUUUCUUUUCUGAUCCUUUUGUUUCACUUGUGUAGAUUUUCUUUCCUUCCUAGGUUCAUGGAAAAGCAGCCGCCAAUUUCCCACUGUACCUAUAAAUUCAUGUAGGGUUCAGUAUGCAGCUAAGCAGAUCUACAAGCUACCCCAGAACUCUCUCUUGGCCACCAGGCUUUGCUCUCCUUCAGUGAGACCGAGUGCAGGGAUAACACUAGGCGACUGGGGACAUGGGAGGGAGACGGCCGAGAGCACAUUUGCUCUUGCAGAGGCUUCUGGGUUGGUUCUCAGCAGUCACGGGCAGCUCACCACCACUCUUAACUCCAGUUUUAGGGACUCCCACAACCUUGUCUGACCUCUAGGGGCAUCAGCCACACAUGUGGUGUACAUACAUGAAAGCUUACACUCAUACACAUGAAAUAAAAAGAAAUCUUUGGAAAAAAACAAAACAAAACAAGGUAUGUGCCUAAGUUGGUAGCGGGCUGCUUCUCUACCACAGAAAACUGAAUUAUUUUUGUUCUCAGCGACAACUCUGUAUGUAGGUUGGUAUUGUAGUUACUUUUUAAAUUGUUGUUCCUGGGACAAAAUAUCCAAUAAAUGCAACAAAAGGAAGAGGGGAUUCUGUCCAAUUUGAGGGUAGAGUUCAUCAUGGAAGACAAGGGUUGUGGUGGAUGUAGGGGCAGUGGUAACCUUAAGCCCACUUAAGUGAUGAAGGAGAAUGUAAAAGGUGACUUGAAUAUGCUCGCACUGUGAAGGAGCAUGCAUAUGUAGAACAAAACUUAGUAAGAGAACAAGAAUUGGUAAAGACAGAAUUAGGGUCAUGUACCUAAAGUGAAGGAAGACUGGGAUAAAUUAAUAUACUAUAGUAUUUUAAAAAGUCAUUAAAUUAUGUACAUUGAAUAGCAUUGAAGAUCCCCAGAACGAGACUGUUUUAAUAUGGGAGGUGGGGCUUUUUGCAUGUUAAAAAUCUAGAAAUCACCAAAGUAGUCACAAAGAAUAAGUGAAAAGGUAGAUUAGUCAGAAAGAGAUGAAAGAAUAGGCCAAAAAAGUCGCCUGUGUAGGCGGAGAAAGGUGCAGAGUCUAAUAAUGUAGGCUACAUCCAGAAAUCAAAAUGAGGCAAAACCAACCAAAGCAGAAGAGUUCCGUUAACACCUUGACUUUAGCCUAGUCUCUCACCCCAAUCCUUUUUUAAAAAAUUAAUUUAAUUUAAUUAAUUUAAUCUUAUGUGCAAUGUAUGAGAUUCCUUGGAAAUGAGUUUACAGACAGUUGUAAGUUGCCAUGCAAGUGCUGGGGAUUGAACCCAGGUCCUCUGGAAGAGCAAGACACUGAGCUAUCUCUUUGGUCCCUUUCUAACCUUCUUUUUAAGAAAAGGUCUUAGGUAGCUCAGGCUGGCCUUGAAAAGCCUGAUCUACUUUUUUUAAUUUUAUUUUUCUUGGAUAUUUUAUGUAUUUACAUUUCAAAUGUUAUCCCCUUCCCCCACUCCUUUCCCAUACACCCUCCCUCUGCUUCUAUGAGGAUGCUCCCACUCUCACCCACCCACUCCCACCUCAACGCCCUGGCAUUCCCCUACAUUGGGGAAACCAGCCUUCAUAGGCCCAAGGGCUUUUCCUCCCAUUGGUGCUGGACAAUGCCAUCCUCUUCUACAUAUGUGGCUGGAGCCAUGGGUUGCUCCAUGUGUACUCUUUGGUUGGUGUUUUAGUCCCUGGGAAGUGGGGUCUGGUUGGUUAAUAUUGUUCUUCUUCCUUUGGUGUUGCAAACCCCUUCAGCUCCUUCAGUCGUUUCUCAACUCCUCCACUGGGGUCCCCUUGUUCAGUUCAAUGGUUAGCUGCAAGCAUCCUCAUCUGUAUCAGUAGGGGUCUGGCAGAACCUCUCAGGAGACACCCAUCUGAUCCACUUCUUUUUUUUUUUUUUUUUCCGGAGCUGGGGACCGAACCCAGGGCCUUGCGCUUCCUAGGCAAGCGCUCUACCACUGAGCUAAAUCCCCAACCCCCUGAUCCACUUCUUGAGAGCUGGAUUUGCAGACAUGUACCGUAUGCCUGGCUGAAUGUGCCUUUCUGAUCUCUAGGACUGUUAAGAUAAUGCAUGUUGGUUUAAAUUUAUAAUUUGUUGCCAUAGUAACAAAUGUACAUUGGGCUAGGCAUGGGCCAAUGAAGAGUUAUGGUUAUGACUAAUGUAGUUUUAUACCUAUGUCUAACACUCCAUCCCUUGGAUCUCACUCUGUAGACCAGGCUGGCCUCAAACUCGGAGAUCUGCCUGUCUCUGCCUCCUGUCAUUAACAGUGAGCAUUACCGCUCAGCUUCCAGUAGAUUGUCAUGAUUUCUGUCUCCUCUCUUGCUUUAGCAACUCAAUACUAGCAAUCCAUGUCCCUCACUACCUAACUCCAGGCUAUGUUUUAGCACCAGAUCUGGUCCUUGAGCCUCUUUGCUGUUUUCACUGAUUAUUAGUUUUUGAUAAGAUCUUAUCUAUUUCAAGGCUGGCCUUAAAUCCAUUAUCCUCCUGCUCAGCAGUACUGUGCGCCACCACGCGAAUAUUUUAGUUUUAACUAGGGAUUUGAAAGAGCGGUGGAGGCGCAAGUCAUUUGCAUGAGGGGCUGCUCUUUUGCCGCUUUACCCACUAAUUCGAUGAGAUAAUGGGUAGAGAUCCUUGUGGAACUUGUAAAGCAAGUUACAAGCGGUAUAGUCUAGAAAGGCCUAUCUGGUCGGAACACGUGCUCAAAGACCAGGCUGGCUUCGGUGUAGCCCGAUGUCCGCCACAUCCCUCAGGGUUCAGAGUUGCUUCUCUCCUGCCCGUCGCGUGAGGCGUCGGUUGUUGAACACGGACCAGCAGUUCUGAGGGCAGAGGCGGACGAGGCCGACUAGCUGGAGAACCACGCGGAGCCAGCACACCGCCUGAUCCGCAGUUGAAGAAACCGCUCUGGGGCUGGACGGAGGCGGAGCAGAAGCUCACACUGGACCAACAGAAAAGCCUUAAGAUGCUAGGAGCGAUCCUGGGGCGGGCCCCGGCGCGAGGCACUCUGGGAUUUGUAGUUUACUUCCCGGACAGCUCCUCUCUCAUUUCGACCACCCGCCUUUUAUUCCUCGCUCUCUCCCGGCACGCCGACUACUUUGUCGCGGCACGUCCUCACGUACGACUACACUACCCAGAAACCUCUCCUUCGCGCUCCGGCAAGCUCUGGGUCUUCCUUGAACUACAGUUCCCAGAAGGCCACUGGAGAAGGGCUUCCCCCACUUUCCCGGGACCGCAAUUCCCAGAGACUUGAUUUCGCGGCUUUUCUCUGUUUUGGAUCUGUCUUGGAGCUGGUUAGGGCUUCGCCGGCCAGCAGAACCACAGCGACUACGUGGUCCGUUGUGUCCAGUCGUAGGGUGUACUCUUUGGCCAGGCUUUCUGUCUCUUCAGCCACUUUUGCCGGACAGGCCGUCGCAGCUGGCCUGAGCAGUGACCUGGCGGGCUGCGCCUGCGCCCUGCCGCGUUUCCUGCCUGGCUGGUGGUGGCGGCCAUUUUGUUCAUCCUCCUCCUCCUCCUGCUCCUCCUGGUUGGAGCGCAGUGUCCGGAGCGGGCUGGGGGGAGCGAGCCCAAGAGCCGGGUUCAGUACCUUUUCCUCUGUCCCCAGCCGGCGCCCGGAGUCCCCCUCCCCUUCCUUCCCGCCCCCUCCCCUCCCCAGCCCUGCCCUCCCCCUUGUCCCGGGAUCACUCCGUCGCACCCACCAUGAUGGAAGACGACGGACAGCCCCGGACUCUAUACGUAGGUAACCUCUCCAGAGAUGUGACAGAAGUCCUUAUCCUUCAGUUAUUCAGUCAGAUCGGACCCUGUAAAAGCUGUAAAAUGAUAACAGAGCAUACAAGCAAUGACCCAUAUUGCUUUGUGGAAUUUUAUGAACACAGAGAUGCAGCUGCUGCAUUAGCUGCUAUGAAUGGGAGAAAAAUUUUGGGAAAGGAGGUCAAAGUAAACUGGGCAACAACACCAAGUAGCCAGAAAAAAGACACUUCCAAUCACUUCCAUGUGUUUGUUGGGGAUUUGAGUCCAGAAAUUACAACAGAAGAUAUCAAGUCAGCAUUUGCCCCCUUUGGUAAAAUAUCGGAUGCCCGGGUAGUUAAAGAUAUGGCAACUGGAAAGUCCAAAGGCUAUGGUUUUGUAUCUUUUUAUAACAAACUGGAUGCAGAGAAUGCAAUUGUGCAUAUGGGGGGUCAGUGGUUGGGAGGUCGACAAAUCAGAACCAAUUGGGCCACACGUAAACCACCUGCCCCUAAAAGUACACAAGAAACUAACACUAAGCAGUUGAGAUUUGAAGAUGUAGUAAACCAGUCAAGUCCAAAAAACUGCACUGUGUACUGUGGGGGGAUCGCUUCGGGGCUGACAGAUCAACUUAUGAGACAAACAUUUUCACCAUUUGGACAAAUUAUGGAGAUAAGAGUUUUUCCAGAGAAGGGGUAUUCGUUUGUCAGAUUUUCAACUCAUGAAAGUGCAGCCCAUGCUAUUGUUUCUGUGAACGGUACUACAAUCGAAGGACAUGUGGUUAAAUGCUAUUGGGGUAAAGAAUCUCCUGAUAUGACUAAAAACUUCCAACAGGUUGACUACAGUCAGUGGGGCCAAUGGAGCCAAGUGUAUGGAAACCCACAACAGUACGGACAGUAUAUGGCAAAUGGGUGGCAAGUACCUCCCUAUGGAGUAUAUGGGCAGCCAUGGAACCAACAAGGAUUUGGAGUAGAUCAAUCACCUUCUGCUGCUUGGAUGGGUGGAUUUGGUGCUCAGCCUCCACAAGGACAAGCUCCGCCCCCUGUCAUACCUCCUCCAAACCAAGCUGGGUAUGGAAUGGCAAGUUUCCCAACACAGUGAGUGAGCUGGGACUCUAAACACAAGUGUAACCCACCGCAGGCUGCAGGCUCCUGUGACACUCUGAAGACAUGAAGAGUAAACAUCGGGAAUGAAAAUAUUUAUUUUAAAAAUUGAAAUGUUUGGAUCCUUUAGCACAGCUUUGCUUGGUGAAGGACACGUGUCUUCUAGUUCUGCCUUUUUAAGUUUUUUUGUUCAUGAUGGAUAUGAACAUGAUUUUUCUUUGUGUACAAAAAACUAAAAUAAAGUCAAUAAAGACAAUUCUGACUAUAAAUUUUGAUAUAAUAGGAGAAAUGGGUAAUACACUUUGAUCCUUAGACACUUCCGUUUUUAUCUUGCUGUUCAGUAUUUUAACUCACUGUGUUUUUAAAAGAGCAAAAAAGGGAGUAUCGUGAAAAACUGAGAAUCACAUCAGUCUGUCCUGAAUUCUGAUACUCCCCUCCCAUCCCUGAGGUGGACCACAUAGAAGUCAGCAGGAAAAAAGUGUGAUUUCAGAAGAAGUACAUGAUGUGGGGAUCGCUGUGGAAGAAAUACCUUAUCCUCUUAUGUUAAAGGAAACGAAGCCAGACUGAAAGUGUGCAGCCUGAGUAAGGACCAGCAUCUUAGGAGUUCCUUGAGCGAUUGUUGGUGGUCCACAAUAAGACAUAUUUUUAAAACUUUAAAAGUGUUGGUUAUCAAAAAUGUAUAUUACAUUUCAUUUUGGGGGAUAAUUCCAAGUAUGGUGUUUAUAUUAAAGUCAGACGGUCAUACUUGUGUUUUUACAUGGAGUUUAAAAGAUAAACAUUGUAAAUAUUGAAUAACUACAGUGUUUCAAAAGCAUGCUUCAACAUAGAAGUAGCAGCGAUGUAAUUAUUCGAGGUGACAAGUAACAUGCUCGCUGAGUGCAAGUACUCAGUAGCAGCGUCGACACUGACGUCUUUAGCCGUGUAAAAUGAGAACGACACAAAUGACUACACAGAAGAAGCCUUAAUUUAAUUUCAUACAAAUCUUUGAUGCAUUAGUAUAUCCUAAAUUGUAAGUGGAAGUUAGAUUUGGGCUUUUUUUUUUUCUCCCUUCUUUCCCCCCCCUUUUUUUUUUGUUUGUUUGUUUUUUUGUUUGUUUGUUUGCUUUUUUUGUUUUAUUUUGUUUUGUUUUGCAUUAUUUGGUACAUACCUUGAUUAAAACCCAGUGAAGUGACUUCAGGGUUCCUAUAAGUUGUAUAGCACAAAUUUUUUUUUUAAAGAAUCUUGGGAUGUUUUUAAAAAUCAGUAUAUUUUGCCCAAGAAUUUUUUUUAACAAGAUUGCUAAAAAUAUCUUACUUAGACAACUUGAUGUACCAGUUUGUAAUCUUAUAACCAUUUGAGUUGUUCACAAAGUUGUGACUUUUAUUUCAAAUUUGUUUUUUUUCCCCCUUUGGGAGUGUGUGGGUGACAGAUCUGAAUAGGCCUGAGUUGUACGUGUGCAGUUGUAAUUGAGUCUUUGGGAAGAUGCAGGCGUUCCAGGCAUGCUCUCACAGCAUCUUUCUGUCUAUGUGGAUACAGUCUGCCUCAUAGUUCUAUAAAAUGAGAAUGUGAAAUAGAUAAAAUCCUAUGUGUUUCAAUUGUGACAGCUAGAGGGUGCAAAUGUUUGAUAGUGUGUUAAACCUGUUGGCCUGUGUAUGCACAAGAGCAAACAGCCCUACUCUAACCGUUCUGAGGUAAGAUGGGUAACACGCACCUGGCGUCCACACUAAGCCAUUGAUGUCUAAAGAUUAAGAUGAUGUGGUUUUUUAUAUUGGUGACCACAAAGAUUCUGGUGUUGAUUCCCUCCUUCACUUAGAAAUACAGCCAAAUGUGUUCAGCAUAAAAAUUUACAGAGUCUGAAGUUCUUUUUUGAGCCAAAAUUUUUAUGUACCUUCAUGGUUUUGUUUUGUUUUGUUUUUUAACUCACAACUACCCUGUGUUAGUGACUAAAUAUACCCCUGGGGUUUUUUUGGUCAUACCUUUGGGGAAUGUUUUUGGAAAAUUAUUUUAUACUUUAUAAGAAAACAAGCUAUAUUCUGCCCUUGAGUUAAAAUUUUCAUUAAACUUGGUGAAACUCGAACAACCUAAAGACUUUAAGUUGAUAAACUGAUAAAAGCUUAUUAAAUUAAAAUUUCAAUUUCCCUUUUUUUCCCUCUGCCAGUAAAUUAAGUGGCUUAUCGAGAUAACUACUGGCUAACUUUAGCUGUAGUCUUUUCUGUUUUAUAUUCUGAGUUAAUAAAGUUAUCCAGACUAGUUACAUUGUCAUAGUAAGCAUGUGGCUGACAUCUUUUGUCUUAAUUUGGAUGAUAAAACUUUUCUUGGUAAGUCAGUCACAGUUUUUCGCAGCAGAUAGUUUUAAGAUGGAAAGGGGCACAUGCAAGUGAAAGCAGGUCUGUGCAGCACAUGUGAGUCUGUGCCCUUGACCGUCUCACAGUGCACAUGUGAGGAGUCUGUGCCCUCGACCGUCCACUUUAAGCCUAAGAGCUGUUGCCUUUUCUUUCCUGUGUUCGUCAAGAACAGCAGAGAGACUCUUUGGCAUGCAAGGAAGUGUCUCUUCAUAGUUUCUUGAGAUUUAUCUUGCUGUGUUUCUGCCUGCCAUCGUCUGUGCUUGAACCCUUUUCUACUAGCAUUUCCUCGGUGCCAGUCCGUCUGAUCUUUAUGUUUGCCGGCAGUGAGAGGCCAACUAAAGCCAAAGCUGUAAACCACAGUUGAAGUCUUUCAAUAAAGACGAGUCUAUGUAA